AUGGCCGAGAAAGCUCAAAUCUCAAUAGAUCAAAGUGAUUUACACAAGGAAGAAAUUGGAGCCGUAUCUACUCAACAGGCCAAUGAUAACACUCUAUCAAGCAAGCUAGGUGAGGUUGGAGUAUUGGAUGCUCCUGACGGCGGAAGAGCUGCAUGGACUGUGGUUUUCGGUUGCUUCUGUGGCAUGUUUGCUAUCUAUGGUGUAAAUUACAGCUGGGGCUUAUUUCUUCGCAAUUACAAUCAAAAAGUGUAUGUCGGAGAGAUGACCAGAUUGUCAUGGAUUGGAUCUAUCUGCAUAGCCUUAUAUUUCAUCAUCGGCCCCAUCAAUGAAUGGGUAGUCCGUAAGCUUGGCUAUACCAAGAUGCUUGCUUUCGCUACUAUCAUGUGCCCUCUUGCGCUGAUGCUUGCAAGUAUCAGUCAUGAGAUCUGGCAAUUGUAUUUGACUCAAGGCGUCAUGUUUGGCAUUGGCGCUUCCUUUGUCUGGUUUCCUUGCAUUAGUGCACCUCAAGAGUGGUUUUCUAAUCGUCGCGGCACUGCCAUUGGAAUCACCAUGUGCGGAUCAGGUAUCGGCGGCCUUGUCCUGUCCAAUAUUUGUCAAGCUGCUAUGCUUACAUUGGGAUACCGUUGGGCUCUCCGCAUUGCUGGCUUCAUUUGCUUCUUCUUUUUGGUUCUUGCCACUAUUUUCGUGAAGCAAUCGCCCACACAAUUGGAGAAACAACGACUGCAAGACGAGAGAAAUGAAGGUCUUCGCGAAAUGUACCACAAGCAAAUGUCUCUUUUGAAGAACAGUCAAUUUAACAUUAUGCUGAUUGUUGGUUUUAUUACGACGUUUGGUUACUUGGUACCAUCUUUCCUUUUGCCAUCUUAUGCCACCUUCUUGGGGUUAAAUCCAUGGGUCAGUACCAAUUUGUCCGCUAUUCUCUCUGCCAUCAAUGCUGUAUCCAAGCUGAUAAAUGGCUAUACUAGUGACAAGAUUGGUCGUAUCAACGGGUUAGCAAUUUGUACGUUCUUGUCUGGCAUCAUGAGUUUAGCCAUUUGGACAAAUGCUCGUACAGAGCCUACCAUCUGGGUGUUUGCAACACUGUAUGGCCUUUUUGGAGGUGGUUACUUAACGCUGCUGGCCGCCUCUUUGCCUCAAGUCGCUGGCUAUGAUAACAUUAAUGCUGCUAAUGGCUUAAUGUACUUUACGAACACAUUUGGUUACUUGUUUGGCACGCCUAUUGCAUCUGCUAUCAUCAAUCAUUCAAGCCCUCCCAACUAUGUCUAUGCAGCAGUGUGGGGUGGUCUUUUGAUGGCAGUGGGCGGCAUAUUCUGCUUUGUUUUGCGCGUCAUGAGAGCAGGCUGGCAUCCUUUUGUCAAGGUUUGA